AUGGGAAGCAAACGCGCGCCCGCCAUCGACAUUCACUUCUCUCAUCUUCUCUUCCCCCUCCUCAUUAACAUCAAACGACCGCCAAGCGUCAUGUCAAGAGCAAGCAUCACAUCCAAGGCGAGUCAUCGGACCAAGCGCGGCUUCGACCGACGAUUGAAGAGCCAGAGCCACGAUCAUACAACGGGCAAGGCGGCCGCGAAGCAACGGCAAGCGUCACACUCAACCAAGCACAGCCGCGACGCCACAGAAGAGAGCCGGCACCACGGCCCCAAGCACGGAGAGGAGAGCGAAGCAGGCGAGGAUGGGAGAUGCAUCCCAUUGAGAUCAGGAGAGCGCUCGAAGGAAGUUGACCGGGCAGCCGUGGGGCAUGCAGCGUGGACAGGUGCGAGUUUGGUUGGGAAAGGGGCUGUGCUGGCUGGAAAGGGUGCCUUGUGGGCAGGCGGCAAGACGAGAAAAACCACUUCCGCAACUCCCUCCGGCAUCUUCAUCUGGCCUGGAUUUAACAAUGACUUUAUUUGCUCCACCCGCUUUACCCGGCCGGACACAGCUUCGUCUUCUUCCAGCGACGGCAUAGCAAGCACGCCGAACGAGCUGUACCCGCAAAUUCUGCGCCCCGCCAAGGAGUGCAGGCAGGCUGAGUGCGAGCAGGAUCUCGAUCAAGAGCUAGAACCUCCAACAACGCGAGACUAUGAAGGUCCGGAGCAGUCACAACAACGCGACUGGCGUGGGAGCUCUCGUGAUAGUCUCCCAGCGGGCCAGUAUUGGGAUUCGAUUGCUGGGCGCAAAGGAGUUGAGGAGCGGGCUACUCCGGCGGAAAAGGCGAGCAGCGUCCCGACAGAGAAGGUCAAUAAUAGGAAUGAUGCUGUGGCUGUGAGGAGGUCGAACGACAUACUGGGCCGAUUUCUGGAACCGACCGAGAGCAACCAAUCCCAACACCCAAAACCGCUGUCAGCCACUCUCGCCUCCCUCGAAGCCGCCCUGGACAACAUAGAUAUUCACCCUUCAAGACCUGCGCCGGCUGGGCACCAUUCGCACCGGACUUACCUCGCCAUCAUCUUUGCCAUCGUGCUGCUUCUCUCCUCCCCCAUCAUCGCCGCCUCACUCUACUACAUGGUCCACCCCGACUUCCUCCACUACGUCGCAGCACCGCCAGAAGAUCAUCACAACCCUCUCCGCGUCCUCAAGACCGACCAAACCCGCAUCCGGGAGCUGGCCACGCAGCUCGACGAUCCCAACGACUAA